GAGAUAGCCUCAGCGUAAGUGUCAGUAAAAAAGGGAGAUGCAAGAUGGGCUCCCACACAAAGGCAAGUUGAACAACAGAGGCUGAAACGUAUACGUGUCGUGGUCGUCGCUUUCUCAUUCGUUUUUUUAAUUUUUGGGCUGAAAGUGCGACGUGUGCUUCACAACAACAACACUGAAAAUGGCUCCUCCACAGAGAAUGCGCGUCGCCAACGAGAAGGCCAGCAAAUAUGUGACAAUGCGUGGCAAUGUACCCAAAUCCUCGAAAACGAAAGAGGGCCAAUAUCCCGUGGGACCCUGGCUCCUGGCGCUCUUCAUCUUCGUGGUCUGCGGCUCGGCCAUUUUCCAGAUCAUUCAGUCGAUUCGCGCCGCGUAAGGAAGGAAUCGAAAUCAUAAUAACACACAUAAAGCAGCCGCAUCUGGAGGAAGAUAAUAGACCCUUCCGGAACCUCCACUUGCUACUCCCAAAGCCUUUCCAGAACACCCUUCCUAGCUCUAGCUGAAUAGUCACCGCCCGGAAACAUGUGCAACCAGAGGAUGACCCGAAAUAACUUGGCUUUACACAGUUCAUUUUCGUGUCUGCAAUAUCUACUCUUAUAAAACACAUACAAAAUUUAAGUCCACUUAACGCCUCUUGCAUUAAUUAAUUUAACUGUAAGCUCUGCAAUGUGCAUUCCUGCAAUUCUCUCCUAAGCACUCACAACAACACUCAACUGAAUAUGAUCCUGAUCAUUUUAUAGGCGGUUAAUGCAUUUUU